UACUUCAGACUCUCUCUACUCAUAAAUUGUACAUAGUUGUUACCCAAAAUUAGGGCGCACCGAGAUAGAGCAGAGCACCAAAUUGAAGAUGACGAGAAUUCCUCUGCUGCGUUACUCUUCCAAUGGUAUUUUCUUUGCUAUUUCCCGUUCUGGUUCGGCAUUUACCAUCAGAGAUUAUUCUUCUUCUCAUACCAAUAUUGAGAAUGUCAAUUGUUUAGAUGAUGCUUUGAGUCUCUUCCGUCGAAUGGUCAGAACUCAGCCUCUUCCUUCUGUUUUUAGCUUCUCCAAAUUACUAAAGACUAUGGUAAAUAUGAAGCAUUACUCUUCUGUUCUUUCCCUUUUUCGACAAAUGCUGAAAUCUAAUAUCCCAAUUAGUGAUUCCAUCUUGAAUAUAGCGAUUAACAAUUAUUGCCUAAUGCAUUGUUCUGACUGCGGAUUUUCAGUAUUAGCCAUUUACUUGAAGAAUGGCAUUCCAUUUGAUGUUAUCACAUUCAACACCUUACUAAGGGGACUCUUUGCUGAAAAUAAAAUCAAAGAUGCUGUUAACUUGUUCAAAAAGUUGGUGAGAGAGAAUAUCUGUGAGCAUGAUGAAGUCAUUUAUUUGACAGUCAUGAAUGGGCUUAGCAAAAGGGGCCAUACCAAAAAAACUUUCAAUUUGCUAAGAGUAAUGGAACAAGGAAGCAUCAAGCCAGACACAAGAAUCUAUAGCGUUGUUAUAGAUGCUCUUUGCAAGGAUAGAAUGUUGGAUGCUGCAAUUAGCCUUUUCGAAGAGAUGAAACAAAAAGGCAUUCCUCUGGAUGUUAUCGCAUAUAAUUCAUUGAUUGAUGGUUGUUGUAAGCUUGGUCAGUGGGAAAAGGUUAGGACUUUGUUCUCUGAAAUGGUAAAUCUUACUAUUUAUCCAAAUGUGCACACCUUGACUAUAGUGAUAGAUGGACUUUGCAAAGAAGGGAAAGUUGAAGAUGCUGAGGAGGUAAUGAGACACAUGAAUGGAAAAGGUGUGGAGCCAGAUGUGGUCACUUACACUGUGAUAAUUGAUGGAUAUUGCUUGCGCGGUCAAAUGGAUAAAGCAAGGAGACUUUUCGAUUCCAUGAUUGAUAAGAGCAUUAAGCCCACCAUUAUUAGCUAUAACAUAUUAAUAAAUGGAUAUUGUAAGAAAAAGAAAUUGGAUGAGGCCAUGCAUUUGUUUCAUGAAAUUUCUCGAAAUGGAUUGAAACCUAGCAUUGUUACCUACAAUACUAUCUUUCGAGGUCUAUUUGAAGUUGGAAGAACCGACAUUGUGCAAAAAUUCUUUGCUGAUAUGCUUUCUAUGGGGCUCAUACCCGAUUUAUGCACUAAUCGCAUUUUGCUCCGUGGUUAUUUUCAGAAUGGACUUGUUGAAAAAGCUAUGUCUCUAUUUCAUGAGUUGGAAAAAAAGAGAGAAGAUAUUGAUAUUGAACUUUACACUGUUAUUAUUGACGGAUUGUGCAAAAAUGGUCAGCUCGACAAAGCUCAUGCUAUUUUUGAGAAGCUUUCUUUGAUUGGAUUGUUUCCUAAUGUGAUCACAUACACUACAAUAAUAAAUGGACUAUGUCUAGAAGGGUUGUUGGAUGAAGCUAAAGAUAUGCUAAGAAAAAUGGAGCACAAUGGUUGUUCGCCAAACAACUGCACUUACAAUGUUAUUGUGCAAGGAUUUCUCAAGUUUGGCAAAAUUAAUGAAAUGAACACUUUUUUGAAGGAAAUGAGUGGAAGGGACUUCUCAUUUGAUGCACGUACUGUAGAGUUACUAAUAGACGUUUCAGCAAAGGAUCCUUCUUUGCUUAACAUGAUACCACAGUUUCACACGGGAAGUUAGAAGUAAAUAUUUAUUUCACUUGUUAUCAAUAUGAUGUAAUUUCCUUUUACCUUGGCCAAAGAAAUCGCAUCCAAUGGAAUGUCAAAAGGUGAAAGCAUGGCAAUUAAACAUGCUUAAGCUUUCCAAGCUAGCUUGUUUAAGAGGUACACCUGUUCUGAUUUUUAAUUCUUUUGCUGCUCUGCUUUUUGUUCUGGAUCAUAUUUUACUGUAAUCUUAAUAUGAGAAGUAACAUGAGUUUUCUUAUGUGUGCACAUUAUAAGUCUAGGAUUAGCAUUUUCAGUGGUAUUAGUUAUCUUCAAGUAUUAUCAUUUUCUGACUUUUUGAAUAUCAAUAACAAUUUCCUGUAACUUAGAAUUUGCUGUAGAAACAUUAUUCUUGAUAGUUUCUAAGGUCUUGAUUACAUCAAUCAUAAUUGUGACAAUAGAGCUGAUGUAACACCAUUGAGAACUCCAGCUCAGCUGAGAAGCUAAUUUCCGUGUUACGCGAGAUAGUGAAUUAUGGUGCUGGCAUUCGUCCUGGAUUUACGACAUCCGGGAUUCCAUCCAUCGAUGAAAUUUCUGACAGAAUCAAGAAGAUGCUUGCAGGAUACCGAUAUACUUUGGUUAAACCAUGAUUGUGGCCUCACGACUCGCAAGUAUACUGAAGUUAAGUCGUGCUCUCAGCAGCGGCUGGUGAAUUGUUCAAUGGUCCUCCUGGAGCAUACUGGACUGCAGAGGAAGCAGAAGCAGAAGAUUCUGUUGCACAUCUUGCAUUAAUGACAGUGGCAACAGUUUCCUUGCAAAAGGUUGUGGAUUGUUAAUUAAGCGAGACGUUUAAGAGAGAUAAAGGAUAGUUCAAACAAAUAAAUGUCUUUCUUGAAGGGUAUGCAAAAACCUUGGAAACAGCUAAUUCGGACCCUAGGUACUAGUUUUUUCUUUUUCUAUUUCGGAAAUUGACACGGAAAACUUGUUAGAUUCCUGGGUUAAGUAUUGUGUAAUUGAGUGAUGAAGAGGUAAAUCGUCUUCUUUUAGAAACGGGCAAAAGAAAAUGCUGCCAACGUUGCUUAUAUAACUUUAACAAAAAUUUAAGCUAAUAGCUAAUACUGUUCUUUACUUUCGACAUUCUUUUGACAUCUUUUCCCAUUUCUGGCAACUGUUUCCCUUGGACUUGGAAGAUGAAAUCUCCAAAACCAAACCUUUCAUGGAAACUAUGGAAGCUAAAUCUCCAAAACAGUCCACAGGUGCAGAAAUGGUUACUGCAUCUUUUGAGAAGUCACCUUCUUCAGUGGAAUCAUUGUGCAAUCUGCCUAGAGGAACUAAAUCCUUUGCUGCAACGACACCAUCACAUCUCUCUCUCUCCCUCUUAUCAUGUGGAAAAUCUAAUUAGCUGCUCCAUACAAUACAAACUUUACCUGCUAAGAUUGAGCUUAUUUUACUAACAUUGCCAAGUCAGAUAAUCUUUCUACACUUGUACUGGUGACAAGUAAUUUCAUAAUGUACUUUCCUAUAGUUUUGGAUUAGAAAUCCAAUAAACAAUGAUCAUCAGAGUACAUACUCUACUAAAUAGCUGCUCAACCAUGUAGUUUAUCUCUUAUUAAUUUAUCUCUCUCCCUCUUUUAUUUC